CCUUGGAAUGGUAUAUUAACAUUUUAUUUUAUAUAUCUUGUAAAUGCAUGUAUAUAUUUCCCAACUGGCACAAGAAAUAAAGUCCGUACUUGAGGAAUGUUGUUAAAUGUUCUCCGGAUUGUUGUCAAAACAAUAAAUCUGUUUGAGUGCAGCUUUAAACUGGCUGUCAUAUCCUGUUAUACAUUUCUGUCAUAUAAUACAACUUAUUUGAGUAUUAACAUGUUUACCGAAUAAUGUCCUAUGUAACAUAAAAAUGUCCUGUGUAGACUUUAAACAUGUGACAAUAUGUCCAGCGCAUCCACAAAGAUUUCACGUACACUUGGUGCUCUUCUUAUCUCUCCAUACAAUAACAAUGUAAUUUCAGUUUUCUCUGCAUGUAUCAGCUCCUCAAUGUGAACCAAAGUGCAUGUUUCACAUCGUAGAUUAUUACAAUGCUAGUGUACAUACAUGUACAUGGAAUAGCACUCUUUUACAACCUGUAUGCUUGGGAUGAACGCUACUUAAAUAUUUAAUAUACACAUUUUUACACAUUUGACGAUUUUCGUUAUAUAUAGCCAGUUUUGGUCUUACAAUGAGAUAUAUUCCCUCCCCUCUAUCCUCCCCCUCCAGCCCCCUUAAAGCAGGGUUGGGCAUCCUGCACCCUGAUGCCUUUUUCCUUCACCCUGCUGUGCCCUUUUGUUUUGUUUUCAGAAAUAACUAAUAAAUGAUAAAUAUACAUAGUUUUGAUACUAAAGACAGAAGAGAAAAUAAUACAGCUAAUGUCUUCAUAACAAACUAUAACUGACCUAGCCCCUCUCUGGAAAAGUAUGUCUUGAUACCCCUUCAAUAUUCAUCUCAAAAUUUAAAAUGUAAAAAAUAAAAUGUGAGUUACAUUUAGCACUUGGACUGUUACAUUUUACACACUAAAACAUUUCAUAAAGCACUUAAUUAAGGACUAGUCUUGGACUGGUUUUGUUAAGCACUUGGACUGGUUACAUUUAAAAUUUAGUCUGGUUUCGUUCAGCACUUUUACUGGUUACAUGUAACAUAACUGACUGGUUUCGUUAAUCAUUUGGAUUUGUAGAGUAGGUACAUUCAACACUUGGACUGGUUACACGGAUUAUUUUAAUUUGAAAAAUUCAAAUAACUGUUUUAAUAUCUAUUGUGUAUCUGUUAGGUAUUCUAAAUGUUAUCAUACAAAAUCCCCUAAUAGGGAAAUGAUGCAAAUAUUCCCCCUCUAAAGUCCCCCAAGACUGGGAAAAUGCCUAGAAAAUAAUUGUGAACUGAAAUUGAAUUUCAUACAAACACAGAGAAUGCCCAAGUGAAGGUUUCAUUUGCAAGUAUAAGAGCAUAAUAAACCUAAUUAUAUGAAUAAUAGAAGCAGUUCAUUGUUGCCAAUUUCACUACAGCAUUAGCUUAGAGACACUAAUUUGACUUGCAUCAAAGUAAAUGUAUGUUUUAAAUAAGGCAUGUGAUGUUAAUUUCAUUUUAUUGGAUUGAUAAAUUCCCUGUGUCAUUGCAUGGCAACUAUUCAAGAAUGUACUUUGUUGCCCAAUAAUAAAGUGUUGAAAUAUUUUAUUAGCUCGAUAUUGCUGUUGUAGAUAAUCAAAAGAAAAAGUAUGAAAUAUCUGAGUCUCCAAUCAUAGCAAGCUGUCAUAUAUGGCGUAUAUUGUAUAUAGUUGUUAAUGUUACCAAAUGAAGUAGGGAUAACCAGCGUUCUCAGUGGUUGACUAAUGAUUACAGUGUUUUCUAAUAGUUUUGUCUGUUUGCUCUUAAUGUGGAUAAAAAUAGAGCAUUAAUGCAAGUUAAUGGUCAGAUUGGAAGAAGAAAAAAAAAAAGACGGGGAAGCUGCUAUGCCGUCGAAGAUGAAGCGAAUAUCAAAGAAAGGGGUAUGUUACCUGCUCACAGGAUCCAUACUUCUGUACCUGAUGGUCUACCACAGCUCGCCCUGUGAUCGAAACACUGCCUACAUGGUUCCGAGGGAUGGCCAGAAAUACAUGUACGAUAACAACCAAAAUGCUAUUCCAUAUUAUCGGGAAAUGCCACUGAUCUUUAUUGGCGGGAUGCCAAGAAGCGGUACAACUCUCAUGCGUGCGAUGUUGGACGCUCAUCCAUAUGUACGAUGUGGAGAAGAGACACGGGUAAUUCCUAGAUUGCUUGGAAUGCGUUCAAAUUGGGAGCGCUCCGAAUUGGAACGGAAGCGCUUGCAAGAGGCCGGGAUUACAGAUACCGUAAUAGACUCAGCUUUUGCUGCGUUUAUUUUAGAAAUCAUAGCGCUGCAUGGAGAAGCAGCACCGCAUUUAUGUAAUAAAGAUCCAUUUACAUUGAAAUCCAGUGUUUACCUGAAAAGGAUAUUUCCAAAUGCCAAAUUCAUUUUCAUGAUACGUGAUGGCCGGGGUACAGUGCAUUCAAUUAUUUCUCGCAAAGUGACGAUAACAGGCUUUAAUCUAAAUGAUUAUAAACAAUGUUUAUCAAAAUGGAGCACGGCAAUGGAAGUGAUGUAUAGUCAGUGUCUGCAGGUAGGGGCCUCAAGCUGCAUGCCUGUUUAUUACGAGCAACUUGUUUUACAGCCGGAGCUGUGGAUGCGACGUAUAGUUAAGUUUCUUGACGUUCCAUGGAAUGAGUCUGUCCUUCACCACGAAGAUUUCAUCGAUAAGCCUGGAGGUGUCUCAGUAUCAAAGACAGAGAAAUCAUCAGACCAGAUCAUUAAACCAGUAAACCUAGAAGCCCUUACUAAAUGGGUGGGGAACAUUCCAGAAAAUGUUGUCAAGGAUAUGGCGAAAAUUGCACCCAUGCUUCGCACGCUUGGUUAUGACCCGGAUGGAAAUCCACCGAACUAUGGUAGCCCAGAUUCAAAGGUGGCAGACAACACUUUACAUAUACAGCAAAAUGUUGACUUUUGGAAACAGCGAGAAAAAGAUCUAUUACAGCGCAAUCCACAAGAGGCAGGUCCCCCUGCAGCCAACCCCCCUGAGACAAAUCAAAAACCCCAACAGGUGCCCCCCAAACAUCAGGCUGUUCUUCCUGGGAGAUAGGAGCUCAUUAUGGGAGAAUUUAAGAUAAUGUGGGGGCUAUUUUAUUAAAGGGAAAAUUUGGUGUUCAAAAAUUGUCUGAUUUCUUUUUCUGUUUUUUAAAUACUUCUGAAUUCAGAAAUUACUUCUUAAAAAACGACUUUUUAGAAGUGUGAUUAUAUAACUGGUGGGGAAGAGGGGGGAUAAGACAGAAAUAAGGGGCAUUAAUAUUUUUCUUCUUAUAUGAAUAAGAAUUGAACAAAUUAUAAUUUAUAUGAACUUUUGAAAAUAUUUUUUUAUAAGGUUAACAGGUGCCAAGUGCUUGCAACUCAAAGGGAUCUAUUUUUUUAAUACCUUUUUAAUGUCACCAUAAUUGGAAGAAAACUCUUUCAGGUGUUGCCAUAGCCUUGGUGACAUUUUUACAUUGGAGUGUAGGAACACCGGUUCCAGUUGAAACUUUGAAAUUACAUGACACGUGGUACAGAUUUCCACAGUGACAACGUGCAUUUGUGUAGCAAGACCUUCAACUCUAACUGAAAUAUUUGUAGAGUUCUUUCCUUUAAACAUCUGCGAACAACAGACAAGUGUGUAGCAUCAAUUGGUGGUGCUCUUGGAGGCAUACUGUCAUAUUGUCUGUUUUAAAGGAAAGAAUAUGAUAACAGGAAUUCAGUUAAGUGUAAAGUAUAUUUAUAAUGAGGGUAUUAUAUUACAGUGUAUUACUUGUGAUAAAGUGCAUUUUAUCUCAAAUUUGUGAAGUACUUAAUGUAUUGUAUAUGUCUAGUAUGAAAUUUAUUAUGACACCAUUGUAUUCAUUAUUCAUAGUGUAUUUGAAUUGUCAAUGAUACAUGAUACAUGUUUUGUGCUGUAUAUCAUUUCAAAUCAAAUUGAAAUUUUCAUACAUACAUAUUUUGACUACUAUGCUUGUUUAUUCUGAGAAAUGAUGAAUAGCAAUUCUGACCGAUCUUUUUCAAUUCCUAAUAUUAUGUCACAAAUUGCUAACAAAUGAUAUAAUAUGGUAUAUUUGUAAUUUUAUACAUAUGUUAUCUAAUUGAUAAACUUGUUCUUAGUGACUGUUGCAGUAAAAACACAGUAACUUAUAAAUAGCUGCCAUGGAAGUUAUUGUUUCAAGUAGGUGAUUCGGAUGUUUUUCUCCUAUCAAAGUGGGGAUACUGACCAAAAUUCACGUUUAUCAAAUCUUUCAGGAUAUCGUUGCCAUCUGUUAAAGUGUUACCAUAAAUACUUAUUGAUGUUAAACCAAUUCACUUAUUGAGUCUUUUAAUGAAUAUUCGCAGAGUUCCUGCCCUUGAGUUAAGUCAGAAGGAUUUGUAGAGUUACUGCCCUUGAUGUUAUAAAUUUAUAUUUAAAGAUGAAAUCACUGUGCACAUGUGUGCAAAUGUAUAAAUCACUUUUGGUUUGAAUUUUUUUAUGAACUGCAUGUGGGGUUUUUAGCCAUAAUAUGUAAAAAGAUCUGAACAGUUAUGUAUGAUUAUAGCGUUUUUUUCUUAUGAAAUCAUAAUAAAUGACGAGGGUGCAUUUCCUUUUAUGGUACCAGUAUUUAGGUGUGUUUUAAGGAGUAUUAGGGAUACAUGGUUUGCAGGAUUUAAAAGCUUAUUUGGCUGGCAGUAUUUGGAUAAUAAGUGAAAGUGGGAUGGAUGGUACACCCUCAGUGAUUGUUAUGUAUUAGUUUACUUUACUUUUUUAAAUCUCAGUUGAUUAUUGAACUGACUUUUGAUCAUUUAAUACAUUUAUUUCCAAAUAAAAUUAUAGAUAAAGAUAUUUCUAAAAAAAAAGCACUGACAUGGAUCUUUAUGAGGGAAGAUCAUAUUCCUGAGGAUAUUUUUGGCUUUAAUUAGCUGCACUCUCACAGAUUGAAUGUUUUGAUGACUGCUUUAUUUUUUGUCUCUGUGAAAAUCCAUGGAAACCAGUUAUAUAAGACUGCUGACAAAAAAUAAGAUCACAGAUUUUUAUAUUUAAGUGAAAAAAUUGAUGUUUUAUGAAUUUUUCUUAAACUGUAACUAACAGUUUAAGCCAUAAAACAUAAAUUUUCCAACGGAAAUAUGAACAUCUGCGAUCUCAUCUUUUGUCAGCAAUCAUAUAUCAUUGGUUUGCAGAUGUUUACGCAAAACUUUUCUCUUUCCUUGACAAAAAAUAAAAAAAGUUGUAAAAAUGGUAAAUCUGUGAGAGAGCAGCUUUCAAAAAUAUUUAAUCAGAGGUUGAAAAUAAAUAAGUAUUUCACAUAGGAUCAUAUUUGUUUUAAAAAAAAAAGGGAUGAACAAUGUUAAAUUUCCCUGUGAUUAAAUUUGUUUUGUGCACAAACAUACACAAUGUGCUAACAUGUAUGUUUCAUGAAAUGAAAUUUUAUUUUUGUAAAUAGCUUCAAUCAUUUUUUAUAAUUUAAAUUGAAAUUAUCUUUCCUGAUGAAAAGGAUCAUUACUGAGGUGUUUCAAGUAUCAUGUUGAACAUAUUCACCAGAUGCUUGGUAUGUAACUUCCAAAAAGAGGUGAACAAAAUUUGCUACUUUUCCGAGAACUACCAUAAAUGACUGGUUAUAAGACGCAGGCAAAAAAAUCCUUGAAAAACUAGAGAAAAAAACUUUUAAUCUAUGUUUUGGGUUUAAGGACGUAUAGAAAAACUGUUAAUAAUAGGAAUUAUUUGCCUACUGUAAAUGUAUAACAGUGUUGAACAAAAUGUAUUCAGUCCUAAAAACAGCCUAUUUUUAAUUAUGAAUUUAUUUUCUUUAUUCUUAAGUUCAUUUUCUUGUCAUUUAUUAUAUUGCAAUAUUGCUUAAGUUUUAGUUAUUUAUCUAUGUAUCAAUCAAUCGAUCAAAUUUACUUCUAUUUAUUUUUUAUUUCUUAAGUUUUUUUGUAUGAUUUCGUAUACCUGCAUUUCAUUAAAAAAUUAUACUUCUUUGUUUUUAAAGAAAACCUGCGAUUAGCAGAAAUGUGUCAUUUAGUAAAUAUUAUGUAAUCAGGCUUUUACCCUCACAGAUUGAACGUUUUGACAACUUUUUUUAAUUUUUUGUCUUGAAACGAGCCAAUUUUUGCAAAAAUGCAUGGAAGCCAGUUAUAUAAGACUGCUAGCAAAAUAUUAGAUCGCAGAUUUUUAUAUUCAAGCUCAAAACUUGAUGUUAUAUGCAUUUUUCUGAAAUCAUUUGUAACGGUUUAAGCCAUAAAACAUUAAUUUUCGAACGAAAAUAUGAAAAUAUGCGAUCUGAUCUUUUGUCAGCAAUCUUUCAUCAUUGGUUUGCAGAUAUUUAUGCAAAAAUUUCCCCUUUCCAAGACAAAAAAUAAAAAAGUUGUAAAAACAGUAUAUCUGUGAGAGAGCAGCUUUAAAGAAGAAGUAAAAAGUUCUUCUGGUUCGGGAUACUCGACCCUACCAACAAAAUUGACGCGGCCCCUACAUUUUUAUAGUCUGUCUGUUACAAUGACACAAAUCAUAUCUUUUUUUUUUUUAAUUCUUUGUUUUUAAUAUGUAGUUGAAAAAGCUUUACACUGAAGAUUACUUUUAACCCUAACCACACAAAUUAUUUUUUUGGCCUCGGGGAUCAUGAAGGUCAUGAAUUCCUGUGACUGAAAACAGAAUGGUGGCACCAAGUUUGUAGCACAUUUAUAAGGUUCUUAUAUAGAACCCAUUAUGUAAAAUGUAUUUGAUUCAACUUUAAAAGGCUAAAGCGGAUAAUUCAUGAAAUUUACCACAAGAGCCCAUUCUGUUUGUUACAGUUUAAUUAUUGUAACAUUUUAUGCUGCCUGUGUUUCAUAUUCCCUGAAACUGCACAUCUCUAUUAAUCGUCAUCUUAAUCCAAGAACUCAGUAACUGCGUCUACAUCUUUAUGAAGUUGUUGAGUUACUGCCCUUGAGGGAUUUGUUGAAUUAUUUCGAAGCCAAAAUUUUGUUGCAACUUUUUAAAAAAAUUUUUAGUUCAUUCUGACCAGUUGAAAUCACUACUAUAUUAUAUAGAAAAAGCAUUUGUUUUUAAAUCUUCAGCAUGUUUUAAAAAUGACUGCUCGACCAAAAAUAUCUCUGGCGAUGUUAUAAGUUACGGGUUUCCUGCGCCUCGUAUAUCCCAUAUCGGGUCACCUUAACUACCCCAUAACCUAUACCUGGUAUAUCAUAUUGACAACCUGUUUACAUGUUUAAAUAUUUCUUUUAUUCAUCGGACCAUUCACUGGAGUUGGAAAAUAGAAGCCAUUUUGGUACAAUAUAAAUUUGGUGACCCAAAUAUGGGGUCAUAGGGAGACCAGUCCUGGACCAAUGGCGUUGCGUCAUUUAUGUUGGAGGCGUGAUAUAAGAAAUUAUGACACCCUUAUGGAUAAGCUGUAUUUCAACCAUCACUGAGAGUGGCAGAUACAAAUCCUGAAUUAUUUAAGGCCCUUACAGUUGAAUAAUCCAGAUGCUGGGGCAUUUAAAAGUUUAAUGAAGUAAAAUAUAAGUGUAAAAUGCGCAUGAACAAAAAAUAUCAAUUUUUUUAUUUAUUUUUUAAAUAAAAUGACUGUUCUUAGAAGUGUAUUUAUUUUUUUUCUUUAAAAAACUGAUAUAAUGAAAUAGAAUUGAGAAUGAUUGUUUAAUCUUUGGUAAGAUGGGCUCUUAGUCUUAAUCACCAUUUUUUAUCACUAAGAAUUAUAUCCAUACAGUGUCUCAGUGUACAGGUCAUCUGAUAUUUGCAUAAUAUUUUUUACAAAGUAUUGAUUUUACAUUUCAAUUUCAGUGUUCUUUCAUGUUUUAUUAUUGCUAUAUGAAUUUGAAUGAAAUGUAUUGAAGUUUAUUCAAUUCCAACAAUAUUUUAAAUUAUUCAUCGGAGCUCAUUCCAUACUGUUAGUUUUUAUAACUUUUGAAUUGAUUUGGUUUUAAAUUUCAAAUUCCCCAAAUCUGUUUUAAUCUUGAUUUACCGGUAUAUUUGUUUUUAUGAAUAAUUCAUUUAUUUGAGUUAUUUUUUAUCUUAUAAAAACAAUUUACUGGUCUGAAAAAGAUUAUGAAUGAAAUAUUUAGACAUCAUAAUUUGCUCAAAGUUUUAACUUUGCUUUGAAGGGUAUAUUUGUGGCCUACCUGUUCAUGAAAGUCAUUAUAACUUGACUCUCUUUUUCAUUUAUCAAAAAGUUUAACAGCAAAAUAAUCUAACUGUGGAGAAUACUCGGGUGUUUGGGUGGAAUUUGUGUACUUCCAGGUGUUUUAUUUUACCAUGGUGUUAGUUUUAAAUAAUGGUCACUGCAUUCAAAAAACAUCAAAUUAGUAGGAACAUUUGGAGAGCUUAAGGGAGAACGUUCUAACUGCUUCUGAAUUUAAUGUUACCUAAAACACUUUCGCUUUUAUCUCAUAAAUAGUAUUUUGAGAAUGAUUUGUAUAUUUUUCAUUUGGAACUCCUCGGCCAUUUUUAUCGAAAACAACCUUGGAUGUAUUUGGACAAUUUACAUUCUCAAAAAUGGUACAUUUAAGUCCGCUGCAAGUCGAUUGCGUAGUAAUUUUAUUUAGCAGUUAAACUUAAGGACUUUACUCUUGGGAAUGUUAAUUAUGUUCGCAAUAAUACACUACACUGGCAAUCAAUUUAAACUUAGAUCAAUAAAUACAACUCUAAAACACUAUAUUUAAUUAAUGAUAUAAUUAGAAAAUUUAGGAACUACUUCAACUGAUGUACGGGCAUACAUCCGAUGUUGUUUUCGAUAAAAAAAAAUGGCUGAGGAGCUCCGAUUGCCCAAUGGUAUAUUUUUAACAUUUUCUUCAAACUGAUUUUCUACAUGACUGUUUAUAGUUGAGUUUUUUGUUGACAAGUAUUGCUACAAUGUGUGUAUAUGAAAAUUAAAAUUGAACGAGACUUUGAUAGGGAGUAUGAUUUCUGAUAUUUCACUUGUUUUGAUCAUCUAUGUAAUGAUUAAGUACUGUUGAUUGUCUUAGAUUAAAAAAAUAACUAUAAUGAAAUCCUUUAAAAUAGUGUCUUUAUGUAUGUUUGUAUGUUAUACCAUAACUUGUACCAUGCCAGGCAGAAAUAGGUCUAAUAAUAAAUCUGAUGUUAGCGGGAAAAAUUAUGUUAUUGGCAAAUAUAUUGUGGAGAUAUGAGGUAGUUGGAAUUAUAAUGUAAGCCGGAAAUAUGAUGUAAGCCGGAAAUAUUAUGUAAUCAGGAAAUAUAAAGAGAAAUAUGAUGUGGAAUUAUGAUGUAAAUGUGUAAGUAGGAAUUACGAUGUUCAUGUGUAAGUAGGAAUUAUGAUUAAUAGGAUGUAUUAGCAGGAAUUAUUAUUGGGGGGGGGGGGGGGGAUAUGAUGGACUAAACUAAAAUUGCAGCACCAAUCCAUUAAGGUCCAUAAUCAUUUUAAGGUAGUUUUCUCUUCUUCUUGGUGUAUAAUAUCAUUGAUAUGAGGCCAAAAACUCAUAAUUCAUAAGGGUAUUAGAAGACCCAUUUCUGCAUAUCUCGGUUCAUUUGUUCCUGUUCCACAUGUUUUUAAUGGCUUUGGUAUUAAUGCAGGUUUUUUCUCAGGGUUAAGAUGCACUGCCCUUUUAUUUUGGGGGAAAUUAUGCUUAAAAUCUUACUAAUUUUCAGAGAAAACUUCAAAAUAUAUAACCCUCAGGCCAUCAAAGGGGAAAGGAACAAAUCUGGUCAUACAACUUCAUAAUAUCAUCAGUACAUUGUUUGUUAAAUAGUUGGUACUCAUCAUCGUUGUCUAUGUGAUAUGGAAUAUGAAUUGUGUAUGCAUGUAAAGUAUAGAAGAACAACAAGAUUUGGAACAAAUGAAACAGUGCUUGUAAUAUGUUGCAUUUUGUCUGUACACAUUAUUAUACUCAUACUGUUCUCGUACUGAGCAAAUCCUAUUACAGUCAUAAAUGUAUUGUAUUGAACAAAUAUUGAAUAAAAUUAUUGUUUUACGA